GCUAUGUGUGGAGAGAGUGGGGGGAUGAAGACAGCAAAUGCUACGGAGGUUUUCAGGGACCUGGCUGGGGUCUCUAGACAGCUGGGGUCCCUGGAGCUGGAUUUGCCAUAUGAGUUAUGGGCGCACUGGGAUUCCCCCAAACGGAGUCUGGGUGGGGGGGUCAGUCGCAGAGAGUAGGGUGUGGGAGCUGAGGUGUGGCUGGAGACUUGGGGUGCAGGCGAGGACCUGGGUGCUCAGGGUUCUUUGGGGCCGGCGGUCUGCACAGCGCCUUGGGGCGGGGCCGGGCCGUGGGCCCGCUCGCCGUUCCGGCGCAGCCUCCGCCCCCCCGCGGCGGCCCCGCCCCCGUCGCCAUGGGAACAGUCGCGGCGGCCCGGCUCGCGCGCUGCUUGCCUGCCUGCCUGCCUGCCUGCCUCGGUCUCCGCCGUUCCAGGGGCGGGUGGGGUGGGCUGAGCCCGGGCCGCCGCUGCCGCGGCCGCGGGGGAGAGGCCAAGAGCGGAGCUAGCGCGGGUCCUGGAAGAGAGCGCGGCUGCCGGGCGCUCGGUCCCAGUCCCGGUCCCGGUGGAAGCCAGGGGCGCGCGGCAAUGUGAGCCAUGAGCGCGACGUGGACGCUGUCCCCCGAGCCGCUGCCGCCGUCGACGGGGCCCCCGGUGGGCGCGGGCCUGGACGCGGAGCAGCGCACUGUGUUUGCCUUCGUGCUGUGCCUGCUCGUGGUGCUGGUGCUGCUGAUGGUUCGCUGCGUGCGCAUCCUGCUCGACCCCUACAGCCGCAUGCCCGCCUCGUCCUGGACCGACCACAAGGAGGCGCUCGAGCGCGGGCAGUUCGACUACGCGCUGGUCUGAGCGGUGCGGCGCCCCCGGCCGGCCGGCCCUCCGCGGGGUCUCUCUCCCAGGGCUGAUCCGACGGGGCGCCGCCAGGCCUGGAAGGCGCUCUGGCUCCUGCCCCCGAGCCAGCAGCCUGAGAGGGGAGGGAGCUAGGAAGAGUCCAACCCCUCCCUGCCCAGACCCCUCCCAUCUUCCUUCCUGGCCAGGCCGGAGCCCCACUUCGUGCCUUUAACCCUCCCUGUCCUCUCUCCCUAACUCGCAACCUGGCUGGACCCCGACUCUAAAGCCCGGGUGGGAAGAAGACCUCCACCCCUCCGCCCCACAGCGUGAAGGUGGCUUUGCUAUUGUCCUGCCGCCGAGCAUGAGUGUCAUGUCUGCUCCUGGAUUCGGGAACCCCGGUGUCCCUCGCCCUCCCUCCUCUGUCCUCUGGCUAUCCUCACUCCCCCGCCGCCCGCCCCCGCCCACCCCCCUAAGUGUUGAGCCCCUUCUCAGGCUCUAGCUCUGCAGGGUAGGCUGUCCUGAGCCCACGGGGUGGCCGCUGCAUACCAAUAUGCCCUGUGCGGCCUGCCCUGGAGACAAAGCCUGAAGAGCGACAAUGGCUGCAGUAUCCAGGAUGCGUGGCGCCUUCCGUGGAGGAAGAGCAUGGACAGGCUUCCUCCUGUCCCUCCUGCCCCCAGGCCAGGCCCCAGUUCAGGUCAGCACCCACUUCCUCUGUCAGCACCUCCACCCACUGGCCCUCCUGCCACCUCCCCCUGACCCCUUCCCCCCACCCUCCCCAGGCCUUCUCACGCCUCCCUGCCUCUGAGCCUGGUGUUAAUAAAAGCUUUUAUUGAGCGCUUACUGCAUGCCUA